AUGGACUUGAAGAGAGAGAAGUGCCAAUCAAAAACAUCUUCCAAACUACAAAAUACCAAGGUCCAAGUUUCAAACCAAUGUUUUCAAGGUUUUAGCAGAUUCUUCUCAUCGUUGAGAUUUCGUAAGAAGCAAGAAACCGGAGGAAAAAACACCGCUCUUGCUGUUGAGACACCAGAGGAUCUAGAAACCACUCUUCCUAUUGAAAUACCAGAGGAAUUAGUAGAAGAGAUUCUUCACCACAUUCCGGCGAAGAAUCUGUUAAGAUGGAAACUAGUAUCGAAAAGGUGGAAAUCAUUGAUCGAAUCAAACCAUCUAGCAGAGAAACACCUCCUUCACUGUCAGAAACUCUAUGGAGCCGAAGAGUUAAAAAUCACUUUUGAAUGGUCUAACAUGGAAGGCUACGAUAUAACGUUUUUCCCAAAAUACGCUUCCAUGGAAGAAGUAUCAUCAGAAUCAAAAAAGGUUCUUCCUAGAGUUGCUGGGUCUUGUAAUGGUUUGGUCUGCGUCUACGAUUUGGGUUUGGACGUCUAUAUUCAUCUUGUGAAUCCUACAACAGGUGUGACCCGGACAGUUGCUACUCCUCAUCAAGGUAAAAAAAUUUCAGUGGGAUUCGGGAGAGAUGUUGUGACAGGAGCAUACAAAGUGGUGGUUUUGUAUAGAUUCUUCGUUGACAGAGUUGAGGGUACUAUGGUUUUCGAUCUGAGCACCAACGAGUGGAGGCGGAGAUACGAAACCGCUGGUCCGAUGCCUCGUUCUUUCACUCUAAGGAGACCUAAAGCAAACCCAGUCUUUGUCAAAGGCUCACUCUUCUGGUUGUUGGCACGUCACCAUCCGGAGAUGCUAGUCAUGGAUCUUCACACUGAAAAGUUCCGUACAGUGUCUCUACCGAAAGACAUGGUGCAGCCUUCGUCGGGGUCCAUUUACAUGUGGAGUCUCAAGGACUGUGUAUGCAUCUCUGAGUUUAGACAGAGUUGGGAUUCGGACGUGUGGAUUCUUGUGCAUGACGAGGUUAGUGACAAGUGGGAGAGAACUAAGUUUGGUCUUUUCUUGUGUGUCAAUCCUCCAUUGAAGUUGAAUUCCGCUUGGUUUAUACGGACUUUGGUGUCUCCUUACCAGUCUUCGUCGUCGUCGAGACAGAGUUCUUCUGCACAAUGAGCCUUGGAGAUCAUCGAUAUAAUGACGGUUUGGACUUUGGAGCUUUGGUUUGCUAUGCGAAUCUAA